UCUUGUUUCCAAAGAAAUCGAGCUCAAAAGCCCUGUCCGGCAGCAGGGAAAAAGAAAACUCCUGAGAAAUCUAGAAAAUAGACCAUGUCGGGAAUGGAAAGACUGCAAAGAAUGUUCGCCGGCGCCGGGGGCGCUUUAGGCCACCCUCCACCGGACUCUCCGACUCUGGAUUCAUCGGAGCAAGUCUACAUCUCAUCUCUCGCCCUUCUCAAGAUGCUGAAACACGGGAGAGCUGGGGUACCAAUGGAAGUGAUGGGGCUGAUGCUUGGGGAUUUUGUGGAUGAGUAUACUGUGCGUGUUGUUGAUGUGUUUGCGAUGCCGCAGAGUGGUACUGGAGUGAGUGUUGAGGCUGUGGAUCAUGUUUUCCAGACCAAUAUGCUUGAUAUGCUCAAGCAAACUGGCAGGCCAGAAAUGGUGGUUGGUUGGUAUCAUUCGCAUCCUGGAUUUGGAUGUUGGCUUUCUGGUGUGGACAUCAAUACUCAACAGAGUUUUGAAGCUUUAAAUCAAAGAGCUGUGGCAGUUGUGGUAGAUCCAAUUCAGAGUGUUAAAGGAAAGGUGGUAAUUGAUGCAUUUCGGUUGAUUAAUCCUCAGACUAUGAUGCUCGGGCAAGAGCCACGGCAGACAACAUCCAACCUUGGUCAUCUAAACAAACCAUCAAUCCAGGCAUUGAUCCAUGGUUUGAAUAGGCAUUAUUACUCAAUAGCAAUCAACUACAGAAAGAAUGAACUUGAGGAGAAAAUGCUACUUAAUCUUCACAAAAAGAAAUGGACUGAUGGGUUGACACUCCAGAGGUUUGACACACAUUCUAAAACCAACGAGCAAACAGUUCAGGAAAUGCUAAACUUGGCCAUCAAAUACAAUAAAGCAGUUCAAGAGGAGGAUGAGCUGCCACCAGAGAAGUUGGCAAUUGCAAAUGUGGGAAGGCAAGAUGCCAAGAAGCAUCUCGAAGAGCACGUUUCUAACUUGAUGUCAUCAAACAUUAUUCAGACCUUGGGAACAAUGCUUGAUACAGUUGGCUUUUAAUGACUUUUCUUUAGGAAAUGCCAAAAUGCUUGAUAUUUGAUUCUGCUGUCCUAUGAAUGUGAUCACUUAUUUAUUUAUUAAGGUUACAGCCCUCAAUAUUCAUGAUUCGCACUGUCUUUCUGAUGUUGCACUUGGAUUAGAGUGAUCAAAACAUUUCCAUGAACAGCAUUGAUUGUAAUUCAGUUGUCAUCGUACAUCUUUUCUCUUGUUUUGUUUGAAGUCGUCUUUUUGUGGUUUAAUGAAAUUCUGCACUGAUUUCUCUCUCA